UAAUUCAAAUGUUUGGGCAGCAGAAGGACUCGUCUCAUCUCACUGUAAACACGGGUCCUGUAGAGUGUUGGAAUCUCCACACACGGCAUUGAUCUCUGUUCAGCUGAGAGCGGAUCUACGUGAGACCUCUGUCAGGCCUGGUUGGACAUCACUCUACUGCUCUGGUAGGCUGUUAUAUUGAUGCUGGGAAAACAGCUUUUCAGAAACAAGCCGCUCAGCCAUGGUACAUCACAGUUUAGACGCUGCAAUGAGCAUUACUCCAACCACCACCCUGGACAGCAUGCUGACCACGCCUUGGAGCCCCACUAGCUCGUACCCUGAUGUGCCGAUGGUGAUGUCUGGUUUUACAAGUCGCAUGUGGUCUCACGAGUCCCAGCCUCAGUUCUGGAGCAAGUACCAGGUGUGGGAGUGGCUGCAACAAAUCUUGGACAUGCACCAGAUCGAUGCCGCAAGCAUUCCCUUCCAGAACUUUGACAUGGACGGCCAUCAGCUCUGCAGCCUGACCUACCAGGACUUCAUCCGUGCUGCUGGCAGCAUGGGAACCAUUCUCUUCCACAGCCUCACAGAGCUCAAGUGGAGCGCCCAGUGCCAUGUGGAAUUAGGACAGCUGGAACUCAAACAAGAGUUAGAUUUCCCCUGUCCAUUUCCAGAUGUCAGCUAUCCACCCGGAGAGAUCUACGAUCCCAUCAUUCACCCUCUCGCACCGGUCGCCUCUCCCACCCCUUCUAGUCCUGACAUAAAAAGAUCCUACAGCCGUCCCCACCAGGUCAGAAAACACAACCCAAGGGGAACCCACUUGUGGGAGUUCAUCAGGGACAUUCUACUGAGCCCAGAGCGAAACCCAGGGCUGAUCAAGUGGGAGGAUCGGACGGAGGGCGUCUUCCGCUUCCUGAAGUCCGAGGCGGUGGCGCAGCUGUGGGGCAAGAAGAAGAAUAACAGCAGCAUGACCUACGAGAAACUAAGUCGGGCAAUGAGAUAUUACUACAAAAGAGAAAUCUUAGAACGAGUAGACGGACGCAGACUGGUCUACAAGUUUGGAAGGAAUGCCCGAGGAUGGAGGGAGUCAGAGAAGUGAUUAAUAUGUGUUUUACUUGAUGUUGUGUGUAAAAAUGUGACGUUUUAUUAUGGUUUGAAUUGAUUGUGUCUAACGACGAUGUGUUUGAAGUGUUUACACGUUCUUGUUUAUUGUAUGUUUGCCUUUUUUUAUUCUUUAGAUGAACCCCUUCGUUGUGACAAUGCACUGAGAUGUUACUGUGCCUUAUUGAAAAAAAAAACUUUGCUUAUGAUACAUGCUCGCAGUCUAAGCUCAAACCUAUUUACUGAAGAAUCAGAUGAAUGAAGACUCUGUCAGGAACUGACAGGAAACAUGACAGAUGCUCCUUUGCUUUUCUUUCUCUCUAAGUCAGAUAUUUUCUACUGUUCAUUUGCUUUCACUAAACUGAAAAGAAAGUGUGAACAUGUUUGUUGAUGUUUAUUAUAAAUAAAGCUUGUGAUCUUUUUUACUUU